GAAUUGUAUAGGCGGGUAUUUGAUGGUGUGUGUUACCCAAUGACUUUACCGACAACGGACGAUUUGUACUCAUGUUAUGAUAAACUAGCCGACAGUUCUAUAGAUUUAAAAGAGGUUGUGACUGUGAUUUUCUAAUUUUUUGUCUAUUAUUAGAGAGAAAAUGCCUACAAAACAGUACUUGUAGGUGUUAAAGGCGAUGAAAAUACAAAAAGAUUGUCAAGUCAGUUUAUAGCAAGAUUUAGCAAACUUUUCGAGAAUUUAUUGGAGGAAAGUUUCAAUUGUUUUCUGGAUUUAUGUGACGACGACGAUGUAAACGUUCGAAGUCAAGUGGUGCACGAUUUGUUACAGUUUUGUAAACAUGCACGGGUGUUCGUCCCACGUGUUGCUGAUGUUCUCGUUCAAAUGUACCAAACAGAUGAUAAGAAGGAGCUGAAUGUGAUUUCUUUGGCUUUAUCUCAACUACUUCAUUCGGAGCCGAAAGCAACCUUACUAGGGAUAUUCAAUCGACUUCUUUCAAUGAAUGCAGAAAAUUCUAGAGAAAAUACUCUCAAAUUUCUAUGUGAACGUUUAAAAAGUCUACCAGAUAAUGUGUUAACCAGUGAUCUGGAGUCUUUUGUGGUUGAACAAACUAAUCGGGUGCUACAUGAUGUUUCUGAGGAUGAGUUUCCAAUGUUAAUCUCCUUACUAUCAUCUCUGAAAUGUAUGUCUACACUGACUGGCAGGCAAAAACUAGUCGGCAUGAUUUCUCAACAAGCUUUGCAGGCCGUUCCUACAUUCAAUGCUAGUGAUCGGGCAUGUAUAGCUCAAGUUCGGGAGAGUUGUAGACAGGCUGCCUUAUGUGUAUCUAAAAACGUUAAUGCUCAUGACUUGUACAUAUACAUGUUGGAAAAAUUCCUACCACAAUUUGGUGACUUUGCUGAAGACACUUUCGACGAACGACUUAGCUUACUUCAAUUGACCGCAGAGCUACUGUUUUUCCCAAGUCCAGCACUUGCAUCCAUAAAGUCAGAGGAUAUAACGAAAUAUUUAAACUCUGCUUUUAAUGUACUAUCAAUGUUCUUACCUAACAUCCCUUCGGAAGAAACAGCUGACAACAUGAAACAGCCCUCUAUAGAAAAGCCAACGUUAAACCAGAUGGGUUUGAAGUUUUCGGAGUUAGAGGCAAGUUUGUUUUUAUGCUGCCAGCUUGGAUGUUAUUAUCCUCAAUAUUUUGGGGGGAAAGCGAACGAUAAUGAACCUGAGUUAUCUGUUAUUGAAGAUGGAGUCGAUAGAUUACGUACUGUUAGACCUCGUCUUCAGUACUUAAGUCAACUAGCACAAGAUUAUGCAACAACAAUAUCUGGUCAGUUGGAUAAGAAUUUACAGUCUGAAGAGAGCAAGCUUCGAAUCAUGGCUCACAGAGGGUAUUUAUGUUCUCGGUUUUAUUCAUAUUGGUGCUCAGAAUUUUAAAAAAUGUCUAAUUUAAUAGAUAACUUCAAUGCCAAUAAAAGUUACUCAAAUUUAUACUUAUAGCCCAAAUCACCAACUUCUAUUCGUAUUUUGAGCAGUGACCAGGUAUGUUAAAAAAUCAUGUGACGCGAUUGAUGGAACCCUUUAAGUUUUAUGGUGAUAUCUGUUAUGGCCUAUUUGUCAAGCACAGGUUUGUGUAUUUGUCUUCAAGACAAUUUUUACCAUAGAAAUCAUGAUAAUACCGCACUAGCUACUUUAACUACUAAGCCACAACAGGAGGUGGAGUCAAUAAAUGGAGACAAUAGAUAGAAUCUACAGAAAUACAAACGUAAUAUGCUGGGAAUAAUCUCAGCGUUAAAGCACUCGAUUUGAUCAGUAGCCAUUUUUAGUCAAGUUUUCAUUUUGUGCCAUCACCUUUAAAGGUUUGCUUUGCUAUCUACAGCUCAAUAGAUCAAAAAUUUUCUUCUAAUUAUUGAAAAGAGCCUAACUCAAUCGGUAUAUUUUUUCAAAACUGAACCUAUUGUAAAAAAACCUAUUUCAUACAGUAUAAUUUGA